AUGCCGGCCACACCCCCGGCUUCCUGGGGGCCGAAGAGGGGACCCUCCGGGACUUGGAAGGGCUCGCGCGUUCCCGGCUGCCCCACUCGGCCUGCGAGUCUGGAUCGCCCGGAGGACCCGGACCCCCGAGGUGGGUGGGCCUCUCAGGCAGGCGGAGGCCCCGGCGGGAAGCGGGCGAGCAGCGCGGGGAGGGAGGAGCGGGCAGAGCAGGAAGACACCUCCCGUCCCCCCUCCCGUCCCGCCUCCCUCCCUGCCUGCCUGCCUGGGACCGGCCUGCCGCCCUUGCGCGGGCCUGACUUGCAGAGGCAGCGCAGGAGAGCCCCGACGCGGGGCCUGUGCAAGGGCCGCGCUCCCCUUCGGAUCGGGGGCGAGGCUUUCGGGGGGGCUGGGCAGGGGUCCUUCGGCGCAGGAGACCGCCCUUUCCUGGCCUGGAGCCCUCCCGAAGGAAAGGAGAGUCCAGCCCGGUUCGGGACGCCCGCCGGGAGCCCCGGAGCCUCUUCCUCUGCUUGGUCCGCAGCGCGCUGUGCUUCCGAAGGCCUGCUGCUCCCGCUGGACCCGAUCCGCACCCUCACCCCCCACACGCCCGAGCCCAGAGGGGCCCCGGCUGAUAAAUACUUCAUUCUCAACACAAAUCAGCAGCACACACGAACGUCAGUGCAAAGGUCGGCCGUCGAGGUGCCGAAAGCAAGAGAAACAUUCCCGCCUGGAGGCUGCGGUGAGAACCAGACGGCGGACUUGACAAAGGACGGGAAGAA